GACACUUUCCUAGGGCUUUGGGGCUACUACGUGGCAAGCAUGCUAUGCAGUCCCGUGUCAGGGGCUUCUGGCGAUGGAUUUUGCGGGCGUGGUGUGACAAGCCCCGCCAGGCAGCCGCCGCUCAAGCGCCAGACGCGAUCAAUGUCGAAAUUCCGGUGCCAUUCCAGCUCCAUCUCCUCCAGGAAGGCCCCGCGCGGGAGUCCGUCACGAGCAGAGAGGAGCUGGUCAAGAUGUACCGGGAUAUGUUUCGGAUCCGGCGAAUGGAGAUCACUGCGGACAAGCUCUUCAAGUCCCAGCUCGUCCGGGGAUUUUGCCAUCUCUACGAUGGCCAAGAAGCGGUCACUAUAGGGAUGGAGGCAGCUUUGACGUACGAGGACACCGUGAUCACGGCUUACAGAGAUCACGCUACAUUUCUCGGACGAGGAGGAACUGUGCACGAAUGUUUUGCCGAGCUCAUGGGAAGAUCCACCGGGUGUGCUCGAGGGAAAGGAGGGUCUAUGCAUCUCUACAAGCCUUCCAAUAAUUUCUAUGGAGGAUGGGGGAUUGUGGGAACCACGGGACCGCUCGGUGCCGGUUUGGCAUUUGCAAACAAGUACGAGAAGAAGAACAACGUUGCGAUGGCCAUCUACGGUGAUGGUGCAGGUAAUCAGGGACAAUUGUUUGAAGCGAAGAACAUGGCCGGGCUCUGGGAUUUGCCGCUUAUCUUUCUCGUCGAGAACAAUCACUAUGGAAUGGGAACAGCCGAGUGGCGAGCUUCGAAAAAGACUACCUUCUAUGACCGUGUUUCUUACAUUCCUGGGAUAAAGGUUGACGGGAUGGAUGCUUUUGCUGUAAAAGAAGCUACGAGAUUCGCCAAAGAGCACUGCCUGUCUGGAAAGGGUCCCAUUGUUUUGGAGGCGGACACGUACAGAUACCACGGCCACAGCAUGUCGGAUCCCGGCAGCACUUACAGGACACGAAACGAGAUACAGGGAGUUCGUCAGGAGCGCGACCCGAUCGAGCGCAUCAAGAAACUUAUGAUCAAAGAGAAUGUGAUGAGAGAGGAGGAAUUCAAGGCAGUGGACAAGGAAAUCAAGCAAGAAGUUGACGAUGCCGCAGCCAAGGCCAAGGAUGAUCCAAAUCCCGGCGAGGAGGAGCUCUUCAUGAACAUCUAUAAGAAUGACUCGGGCCUCAAAACGUAUGGCUGUGAUAGAAACAUGGUUCGUGUACAAUUGCCAUGAGCGGCAUAUAUUUGCUAGGGGA